GUGCGCGUGUCACAGCAGAGUAGCGGGGAGCUGGAACUUACACACGAACCACACGGACGGACUGACUAUCAGAGGAAUACUACUCUUUCAUUUCAGUUUCUCUCUCCCUCGUUCUUUAUCCUCCCUCGCUGUCUGGAACUUACUAACCAACCACACGGACUUACUGUUAGAGGAAUACAACACUCUCUCUCUCUCUCUCUCUCUCUGUCUCUCUCUCUGUCUCUCUCUCUCUCUCUCUCUAGCUUAUCAACAGAGGAAGGAAUUCUGCAACAGCCCACUACUGAGGUCAGAGGGAGUGAGGGAAGUUGUUUUCUUUUUUUCCGUUUUGUCCUCUGUGGCAUACAAACACACACACACACUUUCUCUGCUCACACAGCGGCUGCUUUGUAGCCGGCAGAAGGGUGCCGCAGGUGGUGAGUGUGUGUGAGAGUGCGCGUGUGUGUGUGAGCGACGGCGUUUAGAAGACCAGCGCUCGGGGGAAACAUGUUGCGCUCAGGGACUGCCGGUUCCAUUACCACGGUUGCAGACAUUCCGGACCCUCAGAGUGAGCGGUCUUUCCGACGGCUAAGACUAACUCUUCACCCAGUAGAAUCCACCGGACAGAGAGACAUCAGAGGCAAAACUACUCAGACGGAUGAUAAAGCAGUGAACGGCACAUUGAGGAAAAGAAAUGGAUUCAUCCGAGAACAGCCUGCGGGAAGAGAGUCACCAGUGGACAUGGCAGAGCACCGUGGCGGGCUGACCAAUGGGACGAGCCGGGGGGCGGGGCCUGUGCGGGGGGGCGGACCCAAGGUGUACGGCGUGGUCCAGAGGACGGGCGAGAGCCAGGAACAGGAAGUGAUGGCGCGAGAGUGGUCGAUCAAUCACCUCCGCGACGAGAUGAAGUACAUCAAGGAGGUGCGUGACUCGCUGGAGAAGGUGAGGGAGAAGAUGUACGGCCAGUUCGGCGGGAUGCAGCAGUCUGUGGAGAAGCUCUCCAGGGAGAUCAAGGCCGAGAGCUCAUACAGGCGUAGUCUGGAGAACGAGGUGCGCGUGCGGACCGCUGCGAUGGACAGUUUCGACCAGAUGAACAACAGCCUCAUCUCCGCCAACAUCGACCUGCAGAAAAGCCUGCUGGAGAACUGUAGCGAGCGCGUUGGUAAGCGUGAGGAGAUGCGGAGUGUGAGGGGCUCGCGUGAGAGAGCUGAGGAGAGGCUGAGGGAGAAGGACCGCCAGCUAGCCGCCGCUCAGGAGGAAAACCGCACUCUCAAGCGCCAGGUGGAGGUGUCUCAGGAGGCCAGUGCACAGGCUAUGAGGGACAUGAGCAGUAAACUGGAGCAGCAGUACGAGCAACGGCUGCAGGAGCAGCAACGCAAACACAGAGACGAGAUCGAGGCUCUACAGGCCCAGAUAGAUAACUAUGUGAGGCGUAUUGAGGAGCUAGAGAGGAACGCCAGGAUGGCAGAGGCCAAGAUUGCCGAGAGAGACCAGCGCAUCAGCGAGCUGGAGCGACUACUGGACUGCAUGGCGCGGGAGAAGGAGCAGCUGCUGCAGAAGCUGCGGGAGGCUGAGGGCCGUCUGCAGCAGGUGGACCAGGUGGACCACAGGAACCCGGCCGUCAACAAGAGAGCGGCGGAGCUUGAGGAAGAGGUGACGGAGCUGCGGGAGCGGAUCAAGCACCUCAACGACAUGGUGUUCUGCCAGCAGCGCAAGGUCAAGGGCAUGAUCGAGGAGGUUCAACAGCUGCGGUCCAAAGUGGCCCAGAAGGACUUGUUCAUUGCUGAGCUGCUUGACCGGCUCGCCAUCGUGGAGUGUGAGAAUAAUGAGCUAGAAGACAAGCUGAAGUAUUUUAUGUCUGUGCAGAAUGAGUCUGAAAAAGACAAACCCCACACCAGAGAUUUCGGAGUAGGCUGUGAUCUCCCAGGGGCCAGGUCGGAGCCCACGCCCCCUUCCCCUCCUCAGCCUGAGUUCCAGCCGUUUCCGUCCAGCCAGCCGUUCCCGUCCUACCACUACCAGCCCUCCGCCACGCUGCCCCGCCCUUCCAGGACCGGCCCGCCCGCCCCCACCAGCCGGCUGAGCAACACCCUGCUCCGCUACACCCCGGUCCAGUACAGCCAGUACCUCCAGGACAACCCCUUCCCUCGCUCCUCCUCCGCCCUCCGUGACGACACCGACGGCGACGGCGGCGGCGGCGGCGGCGGCGGUGACUACUCCGCCUCGGCCCACUCGGACAGGUCCUUCCGGACGUCCUCGUCGCAGGACUCCACGGGUACCGAGGAGGGGGAGGAUUCCCCCCGAGACACCCCCGCCUACAGGCCUAUCGCCGUGACGACCAGCCCCACCAGGGUUUACACCCCCUUCAUGAGGCUCAUGGAGCUCUCGGCCAAACUCAACAUCGAGUAGCACCAGCGCAGCAGCUCGGCAGCAGAGCAGUGUUAAAGGUGAAGGGACAAUUGCUCUGUCGCUAGUUUGGAGUUGGGGCAAUUGCUCUGUCGCUAGUUUGGAGUUGGGGCAAUUGCUCUGUCGCUAGUUUGGAGUUGGGGCAAUUGCUCUGUCGCUAGUUUGGAGUUUAACACAGUUUUAAACUCCAACUCCCACCACAAACUCCAGUUUAAAGCCGUGUUAAACUCCAAACUAGCGACAGAGCAGUUGCCCCGUAGUGUUUGACUCUGGUGAAGGAUCGUGGAUGUGUGAGCUCACUGUUCGAGGUUGGCGUCUGCGAUGUGUAUGUAAAGGUGGUUCGCCCGAGGUGCGUUCAAAAUUCGCAAACAUAGGCGAACGUUUGCAAACAGUUUUCCGUUAGCCUUGAGUUUUUUUGCCGAAUGCUUCCGAACAAUUGCAAACAGUCUGAGGAGGUAGUUCUCUGCGUACAGUGGAACUGGAUGUGAGUUUGACGAAGGCAACAAUGCAAUUACCGUUUGUCACUGUUUGCCAAAUUUGAAUGCACCUCUGGUGUGUAGACUCCAACAGAUGAAGCAGGUGAAGAAGAAGAAUACUCUCAGAGGCUGAGGUCCUAAACAGUGUUGUGUGAAAAUGAGCUGAAACAUGCUGUGCACAAGGCCUUGAAAGGAGAUUUUGACAUUUGAGCUCAGAGAUACAGCCAGUCCAAUUACACCACUCCUCUCUGUGCUGCCAAAGCAACGUGAUUGGCUGGAAUCAUUUAUGAUGGCUUGAUCAGGGGUCUCUAUUUGUCUCUCAUUGGCAGAUCCAAGGCUGUAUACGCCCCUCAGUGCUUUACUGAACAGACUGAAUAGAAAACUGCAGGACCGCAAGCAGUAAAGUGAAUUAGCUGGAUUUGACAGAAAGGUGCAUUGAAUAAUGGACUGCGCCGUUCAGUAGACCAUGUGGUCAAUGGAUAAUGAAUAAAAAUGGUAUUUGUAGAAAUAUAAGUCAUUACAUUGAUACAUUAUACAUUGUGUGAAAUAUGAAAAGAAAUCUAUAAAGGGACUUUUCGGUUUGGGAUGAAUAACAAAUGCUGUAACAUACUGUGUAUCAUGUUGUAAAUAGUCUAUUUGCUAAAUACUUAACUUAUUUUCUGCCUGCACAUUUUGUUGUUGUUACUUUGUUUACAAUGAAGGACUUACGUGGUGUGAAGGAUCAGUAAACAUUGUACAGCUAUAUAUUUAUAUAUUCAUUUUCUUUACCUUUGCUGAAGACCAUUGUUUCUGAACUAAUUAAAACACAUCAUUUUGUA